AUGUCGAACCAUCCGCCGCACUAUGGCAAUGCGCCACAUUAUCCUCCCCAUCUAUACCCCCAGCAACAUGAGCAGCAACAUCUACAACAGCCGGAGCAAAGGCCUUACUCGUACCUUCACACUCCAGUCGCUCUACAAGGGCCAACAUUCUCCUCGCCUGAUAACCCCCGUCACACUGCUCCCUCUGAACAGACAAACCAACAAUCUCAUUCACAACCCAACCAGCCGGGUAACCACCGUCCGUUUUCGUAUGUGUCGCCCGAUGCCGAUAAGAUAGUGGAUGAACCAUUAUCGACGGUUUCGAAUAACAGGAACGAUGCCGAUUAUGUGAAUAACCUCUACACUCACGUAUCUCCACCUCCACUUUCUGAACACCCUGCCCAAUUCGCCCCAUUUGCCGAUAGUACCACUCCACCCCCAAACCCAAGCCAGAUACACCAAGCCCAAGAGCAAGAAUACCUUCAACAACAGCAGCCACGGCAACAGGGAGAACAAUACCAGAGAGAACAAGAGUACCAACACCAGCAACAUUUCCUACAACAGCAUCAACAGCUACAACAGCAACACCAUGGAGUAGUCCCUCAUUCCCCUAUGGCAAUUCCUAAGUCUCCCGGCCCAUUGCCGGUAAAGCAAAAUCCGGAAGCAGAAACUCGGGAGCGACAAGCAGAGGAGACCACAAUUGCCCCUGACAGCAACCCUUUAGCACCGCAGUCACCCGCCCCAACUUAUGCCUCACAUUCAGGGCAUCAGAGGAUGAAUGGCAGAAGUAUAUCGGCCGUUCCAGACAUACAAUGCCAUACCCCCGGCCAAGCCUUCCACCCCCAACAAAGCGUCAAGGGUGGAAGCUGGUCAACUGGACUUUGCGAAUGCUCAGAUAUAGGUGUCUGUUGCUUAGGUCUGUGGUGCCCAUGCAUUCUAUAUGGACGAACGCAGCACCGCCUUUCAAGAAAAUCAAAACGGCAGGACCCGACUAAUAUGCUUGGAUAUGAGUCCUGCAAUGCGUCAUGCACUGUCAUGGCUCUAUUAUGUGGAUGCCAAUGGCUACUGGCAACCAUACAGCAUACACGGAUAAGACGGGCAUAUGGUAUCCCUGGCGGAAUCAUGUCCGACUGUGUCCGAGCUUCGUGCUGUACUUGUUGCACUCUCAUACAAGACGAGCGAGAAAUCAAAACCCGUGAGGAAUCUUCUCGCACUGGCGGCAACACUGUCAGCGCACCUUACGUCGCUCCCGGGCAGAUGACAUUCAGCCCACCCCCACGAUAA